AUUAUUAUUAUCGAAUAACUGUCGUUGGGUUUGACAUUUCUCUCGUUGGAUUUGAUAUUUCUUGUCGUUGGAGGACUAUUUUGUUGAGGUGAAAUUAUAUUUUUCACGAGAUGAACAGACUUUUUGGACGUGCUAAACCCAAGGAACCUGGCCCCAGCCUCACUGAUGUCAUCGCUGGGGUCGAUGGACGAGCAGACACAGCAGAGAAAAAGGUUCAGCGUCUGGAUGCAGAAUUGAAAAAGUACAAAGAUCAGCUGGCCAAGAUGCGAGAUGGUCCAGCUAAGAAUGCAGUAAAGGCCAAAGCCAUGAGAGUCCUGAAACAGCGAAAAAUGUACGAGGGACAAGUGGAGAGUCUCAGACAGCAAGCUUUUAACAUGGAGCAAGCAAAUUACGCGACUCAGACCCUCAAGGACACCCAGAUCACAGUGGCUGCGAUGAAGGACGGGGUGAAGCAGAUGCAGAAGGAAUUCAAGAACAUCAAUAUCGAUCACAUCGAUGAUAUGCAGGACGAUCUGGCUGAUAUGCUAGAUCAGGCUGAUGAGGUGCAGGAGGCACUGGGGAGGAGCUAUGGAAUGCCGGAGAUUGAUGAUGAUGAGCUUGAGGCUGAGCUCGAUGCCCUCGGGGAUGAUUUGGCCCUGGACACUGAUGCCUCGUACCUGGAUGAUGCUAUUACUGCACCCAAUGCUCCAGAUAAGGAGCCUGGUGCCAGUUCUGUGAGAAACAAGGAUGGAGUUUUGGUGGAUGAGUUUGGCUUGCCGCAGAUCCCAGCGACUUAAGAAAGUCUAAUUGAUCCAGCAAUUCAUGGUGAUUUAGACCUCCAAAGAAGCCCCUGAGGAGUCUGCAAUCAAAACGCUUUAAUAUAUAUUAAAAUAACGUAAAGUAAAUUUUUUAAUGACACCUCAGCUUCGCGCAAAUACCAUCGAAAAUUUAUCCUGAGUAUUCGUUAAUUAUUAUAAUUUUUCAAUAUUACUGGAAUAUCGUGUAUUUGAGGAGAAUAAAUAACUAACAGGA